GGGAGAGAGGGACACACUAACACCAAAGCAGAGCAGACCGCUGGCACUGUACUCGCGGCGCAAAUUGUGCGCCAAGUAAUUUAUGAACUGAAUCUGUGAUGCUGUUAUCUAGUGCAUUGGUGGUGUUAUUUUUCCUGUGAAUAGUCCUUGAGUGUUGUCUGCGAUAUAAGCAGGCAUCCAAAACAAAACACCCAACUCGACCUGAACCAACGGUUUGGGUGCCUAUUUUGCUGCUUUCCAAGGAAGAUCCCAGGAAAAUGUCUCGAACUGCAGAAGAGCAGCUGCUCUUGGAGGAGCGUAUCCAGGCAAUGAAGCGGAAAAAUGAGGAACUGCGGAGAAGACAUAUGGAAGUAGAAGCUGACAAACAGUCCGCAGCGAAGCAGAAUGCUCUUGUCAAGAUGAAUGUCCCUCAUGAUGAUGAUUGGGUGCCUGGAAGGGUUGUUGAUAACCCUCGUCAAGAUCGUCCUCAGCAGGACAAUGACCCAUCAUCCCCAUCGGCUCAAGACCGUAGUGAUGAGAGAAGCCAGUGGCCUGAUCAACGCCGCAACCGCCAGUUUGAAGAAGGAUCCCCACACCCUAAGCAUAACUCGCAGAACUUCUCUGGAAGACGUGAUUACCAAGGCAAUCGUCAGAGGUCUGAUGGAGAUUGGUCCUCUGGCAAUGAAAAUCGUCGUUCUGGGGAUUGGCCUAAUCGCUCCAAUGAUGGAGGAAGGCCAAGGGAGUGGGGCACGCAGGGCAGCCGGGGAUAUAGGAACAGUGCUGCUUCAGGCUCUGGGGAUGGCUCCAAGAACUACCCCACAACCUUCACUUCAAAAGUGUUCAAGAACAGUUCCAUGGACCCUGAUCGAGGAAAGCGCCCUGGUUAUAGACUAGCUGAGGGCGAUGGACCUCCACCAGAUCCGUCCUACUCAUUCCUAGGAGAUUCUAUGCGGGAUUCCCCGGAGUCAGGCGGGGGAGACAAGCGAAGGGGAGCUCCAAAGCGGGGCUUCCCAAGAUCACGAGGGAGAGGAGGUCAAUCCUGGAACCACAGAGGCUUCCAUGAUUCAGCAAAUGGUGACUUUGAGGACCGUACUGAAACCCAACCUAGGAAUCAAGAUGAUCCCAAGCAAGAUGCAUGGCGGCGUGAGCGAAGCAAAAUUGAUCAAGAGCGUAUUAACCGUCAAAAAACCUCUGAUGGGAAUUGGAGUAGAGAGUGGGACAACAAUAAGGUUUUGCAAGAGGGUAGUGACAGGCCUCAUCGCUGGAGAAGAGGAAAUCAAAAUCAAAAUUAUGGUUAUAGUCAACCACGAAGAGGUUUUCAUGACAAUAGUAAUAAUGGUCCAAACCAGAGCUACGGGCCCAGGGGUGAUACUUCCACAGUUGUGGAGAAAGCUGACGGCACAGAUUCCUCUCCAAGGCCUCCAUUUGGUCGAAGAGGACGCUUCACACAUCAGCAAAGGUUCAAGGAUAACACUAGGUUCAGCAACGGGUCUGCUCAGCAAGCUAUCCCUAAUGAGCCAAACAUUUCUAAAGAAGCCAGUGAUGCGGCCCUCAUUGAAUCCAAUGUCACAUCAGUGGAAAAGCUUCAAGUAUCUCUGGUCUCUGACGCAUCAAGUGGUCAGAUGAGACGUAGUGUUGAAGGUCAAGGAGGCAGCCUCCGUGUCAGUAAAGAUGAUGAAUCUUCCGACAGUAAAACAGUGGACCAAAAGCGUCAGCAUAAAAGAGUGAAAAAAGGAAAGCGUAACAGAGUUUUCUCAUCAACAAGCACUGGCACGACGGGUACUGCAGAGGACGACAACCAGUCUUGGGAAGACUUGUCCUCCGAUGAGGAGGCUGUAUCUGUUCUUGCUGAACUUGAAAAAGUUCGCAGCGACAUGGCAAAAUGUGUUGAUGUCUCCUCAGGCCCUGAAUCACUGGACCCUGUUCCUGCUCCAGGGAAAGAGGAUGAGUUCCUUUGGGAUGAUUUUCAUCCUGCCGGCUUCCAGGACAAUGAGAAUGUCACUCUGCAUUUGACGGCGGAGGCAGCUUAUCAAGCUCUGCUGGAUGGGAAGGCCAAAGAGAUUGCAGCGGGUGCAGAGUGUCCGGAUGGUGAGGCCAACAUUUCUCCGCAACCUCCUCAAGUGUCAUUUAGGCUUGACACGGCAUGCCUGGAGGAUAGCGGUGAUGAGUUAGAAGGGGCCAAGCUGGAUCCCCUCCUUGUUACCACUCAGAUUGUGCAGGCUGAAGUGGACUGUAUGUCUUUGUCUUCCCUCCCCCCUGAUACAUCAUUACCCGAGGAAGUCUCCCAAUUCAUCAAAACGAUUCGAGAGGAAGAUGGCAACAAAGUGACUGAAGCUGAAGGUGUAGUCAAACAAACUGGUGAUGUAUCUGCAGAGGAACUGUCAGGCCCAGUUUCAAUUUUGGAUGUACCUCAGAAGGAAAAGCCUGCAAAUGAGCUUUGUCUAGCAGACAAGCUAAGGAUGGAGGAAGCAGGUUCUAUCCAGCAUGUUUCUGAAAAAUCUGAAGAAGGAGUGCCUCACAGUGGAGCUGCAUCAAUGUCAGAAUUAGAAGCUGAUGCUAAUCUCAGGGAGCAAGAUCUUGAACAGGAACCAGAAAAGAAGGAUGAUUUCAAGCAGGAUGUAGGGGAAAAGGAGGACCCUCAAGAAAAGAAAAAUGAUCUUAAGCAGGAACCAGAAACAAAGGAUAAAGCACAAGAGGUGGAGGAAAAGGAAGGUCCAAACGCAGUUCUUGAAAAGACAGAAAAUGUUCAAGACCCCAUUCUUGCCGGUGUUCCCGCUGGCAUUGAGUCAUCCAAGGAAACUGCUGUAAGUGAGCUAACAACUAAAAUGGAGUCUGAGGAAUGUGUCAAAGAAGCAUCUGCUCUGAUGAAUGAUGUUGAAAAUGUAUCUGAGAAUAGGUCAAAUACUGUAUCUGACAACAAGGAAAAUGGUGAUGCAAGUGAUAUUGCAAAUAAGUCCUCCAUUGUUUCUGAUGAAGCAACUCUCUCUGCCAAAGAGAAAUCCGAAAGCAAUAAAUCGUCAUCUCCUAUAAAUUCUUCUGAAAAAGUGCCUGUUGGCCAAGAGUGUGACAGUCAAGAUGUGAAAAGUGAAGAAUCCGUAGAACAAAAUACUAGUUCGUAAUGUUUCUUUGAUGAAUUUUGCUUUUUUACAAAAAGCCUGUAUCAUCUGAAUGAAAUGGAAUUUCUAUAUUGAAACAGUUGCAUCACGGCAUAAGCAGCUAAAUCAAAUUUAGUUGUGAUGUUAUUUGUUAUCAUGUUCCUUGUGCGUUUAAUUUGUAUUCAGUAAGUAUCAUUUUACUUACUUGUUUCAAUUUUUAGAAUUUAUGAAAUUUUAUUAUGAUGCAUAUACUUAUAUCAUAUGCAUAUGACUCUGAUGUUGUGUAAUGAGUAUUUUUUUGUUUUGUUUUAUUUCACCCAAAUGCAGCAGUCUCACUGUUAAUAACCAUUCUAUGUUGAAUCAUUUGUUUCCUUUCAAACAAUGGAACAAAGACAAUAGCUAGUGGUACUACUUUUAUUGUGUUUUAUCAAGAUUAACUUAUUUUGUAGUUUUAAACAAUAAGCUUAUGCACUAUAUGUGCCAAAAUGAUUGCAUGUUAUGCAAUUACAGCACCUGUUGAAAAUAAUGAACUGAUAUCAAAUUCAAGUAGAGGAAAUCUUGGCAGUGUUGGAAAAGUGUGGUCAUGCUGAUGAAUUUGUCAUUCCCGUCCUAUUGUCUUGGCUGUGAUCAGUGAUUUGUAUGUCUAUUGAUUGCAAAAGAUCAAUUCAAAGAUUAAGCUUUUGCAUAAUUGACAGGGAACCGCUAGGUAUCAUCAAUUUUAUCUAUCUAAAAGGUUUUCUGUUCAAUGCCAAAUUGCUAAAUUUUUCCCUAAUAGGUAUUGAGAAUCUAUAUUGUUUUGUCCGUUCGUCUCUUGAAAUUUAACGAUGUGUCUUAAAUACUUCCAUUGAACAACAUUCAAAGAACAUGUCUUUUACUGUGUAUCGUAUUGACUUCACUCUCAUCUUAUUGCUAGGUGUUCUUGAACCUCUAUCCAUAGCCCUUUUCCAUAUUGGAGACUUACAAUUUCAUAUCUUACAAAGUGAAGUUCUCAGUAUUCUGAAUACUUCAACUGUGACUGCUCUUUUUUAUGCAUUGAUAAGCUGUGUUUCCCUGUCCAUUUCUGGAUUUUUUGUGCUUAAUCCUCAAGUCUUGCCUCAGAAUUAUAGAUAAGAGAGACAGUUUUCAUUGAAAUUGAAAAUAGUUGUGACUUAAUUUGUCAACAAAAAGAGUGCAAUUUCUAAUAUGCUCAUGCUAACCAUGUCAACUAUCUGUGUGUUUGGGUGGGUGGGUGAUUGAUUGUAACAUUUCUUUUUACAUUGAGAGUACCAUUAUUUUAUCUCUCAACUGUAAUUUUGGUCUUGCUUCUUCAAAUGUACCAAAAACAUAAUAAAUUGAGUCUGUGAUUACUGGCUAGGCUUUUAAGGAAACAAAAAGGAACAUUGUCUCUCUAAUUUGAAAAGAAAUACUACCUGUACAUGCUA